AUGAGCGGCGGCGGAGAGGUCGUCUGCUCGGGCUGGCUGCGCAAGUCUCCCCCGGAGAAGAAGUUGCGGAGAUACGCAUGGAAGAAGCGAUGGUUUAUCCUCCGCAGCGGCCGCAUGAGCGGCGACCCAGAUGUGCUAGAGUAUUACAAGAACGACCAUUCCAAGAAGCCCCUGCGCGUCAUCAACCUUAACUUCUGCGAACAAGUGGACGCUGGCCUCACCUUCAACAAGAAGGAACUGCAGGACAGUUACGUCUUCGACAUCAAGACCAGCGAAAGGACCUUUUACCUUGUUGCCGAAACGGAGGAUGACAUGAACAAGUGGGUCCGUAGCAUUUGCCAGAUCUGUGGCUUCAACCAGUCUGAAGAGAAUUCAGACUCAGUAAGAAACAUUCCCUCUGUGAGCCACGGACCGCGUUCUUCCCCAGCCGAACUGAGCGGUUCCAACCACCGGCUGCUGCGGGAACGGAAGUCAUCGGCUCCUUCACACUCCAGCCAACCCACCCUCUUCACAUUCGAUUCCCCCACGAACCAUAUCCGGUCCACUCUUUCCGCCAGCGCCCCCCAAGACUAUCUCUUUCUACACCAGUGCAUGAGCAGGAAGUCAGAAACCAGGAGUGCUAGUUUCUCUCAAGCCACCAGGUCCUCGUUCUUCAUGAGAAGUGACCCGUCCGUUCAGAAACUCUCUCAGGGGAACGGUCACUGCAUGAAUGGCACGGGCGGACAAGUCCACGGCUUCUACAGUUUACCCAAGCCCAGCAGGCACAAUUCAGAGCUCCGGGACAGCGCCUACGACCUUCCCAGGAGCUUCGGAUGCUACGCCCACACCAAAUCGAGCCUCACGGGCUCCGAAACGGAUAGCGAGGACGUCUAUACCUUUAAGACUCCCAACAAUACUCUUUGCAAGGACUUUGGAGAGCUAUCCACAGAUUCUUACGACGUCCCCGGCACUCCCUUGUCCAUUUAUCAGAUCCCAAGGACAUUCACGUUGGACAAAAACCACAAUGCCCUGGCGGUGGCUGCCAAUGAAACACCGGCUGCACCUCCUCCUCGGCCUCCCAAGCCAGGGCAGGCAGAGACACGGUGGGGCAGCCCUCAACAGCGACUGUUGGAUGGCGAAGGCCUAGGCAUGGGCUCUGUGGCUGCCACUAUUCCCAGGAGGAACACCCUGCCAGCAAUGGAAAACUGCAGGCUGCAUAGAGCUUCCUCUUGUGAAACCUACGAAUAUCCCCAACACAGCAACAACAGCACGGUCCCGUCAACGGAGUCUGUGAAUGUCGGGCUCAACUCGUACCUGCAAAACAAAGGCACAGUGGCUCGCUCUCACAGUGCGGACUCUGAGGACAACUACGUCCACAUGAACCCCGGCUCCUCGAUCUUGCUGAACACCGAGAGAUCCAACGACAACUCUUCCUACAUCCCCAUGAGCCCUGGGCCACAUCACCUCGACCUGAUGGGGAUGGCCUCUUCCACCUUCCCAAUUCAUAAAGGGAGCGCCAGCUCACAGCCUCUCAGGCGGAUGAGCGAGAUCCAGCCCCCGCCAGUCAACCGCAACCUCAAACCUGACCGCAAAGCAAAGCCGACACCGCUGGACUUGAGAAACAACACCGUUAUUGACGAGCUUCCGUUCAAAUCGCCAGUCACGAAAUCCUGGUCCAGGCCUGGCCAAGCUUUCAACUCCAACUUUUCUCCAUACUGUCGCCCCAUCUCCACUCAGAGCAUCACCAGCACGGACUCAGGAGACAGUGAGGAGAAUUACGUCGCCAUGCAAAACCCAGUCUCUGCCUCUCCCAUUCCCAGUGGCACAAACAGCCCAGCCACAAAGAAGAGCACAGGCAGCGUGGAUUACCUGGCUCUGGACUUCCAACCAAGCUCACCUGGUCCACACAGAAAGCCCUCCACGUCGUCAGUUGCCUCGGACGAGAAGGUCGAUUACGUGCAAGUCGACAAGGAGAAGACGCAAGCCUUGCAAAGCACCAUGCAGGAAUGGACAGACGUCCGGCAGUCUUCGGAACCCGCCAAAGUGGCCAAGUAGGAACCACUGGAGGUGGUCGGCCAGAAUGUCGAGAGAAAGCCUUCUGGAAAGGCAAAACGAAACAAUUUUUAGGCCUCCCACCUUCCUUCUACAAAGACGGGACAGGGAAUCUUCUUUUCAAAGCAUCUUCAGGGGGAGACAUGGCCAAUACUGUUCACCGGAGUACACGGUGCCAGGGCGCCUGCUGUUAUCGGUUACGUCGUCUGGGAAAUUCAUCGUAGCAAUACUUGGAUUCAUGACGCCCUGCAUGCUGUCUACUUUUCCAGUCUCCCCCGAAGUCUCCUCCGACCUGCUGGAGUCUCCCUUUGUCUGUAAUGCACACUUGUUAGGAGCAAAACUAAUGCCACUUUGGUGAAAUUCCAGCCUUCCUUUGCAAUGGAGCAACUAUUUCAGCCUCGUGCUUCUUUCACCCCCAUCUUUUCAGGUCAAACUGGCCCACCAUCAGCUCCAUGUUUGAUUUCCAGCAAAGCUCUUGUCUACGUAGCUUUUGUUUUCUUUACAAAUCACAGAUGUACUUAACCCUGAAGCACUUAAGCGCCCCGUGUGGGGGUGGGUGGAUGGGGGAACCAAUCAUUGCUCAUUUGCAUAGCGUCUGAAAAAUGUAUGUGUAUGAGCUGAAAUGAAUUUUCCCUCUUCUGCAAAACGUUGAUGUGGAAUAUUCGCUGGAUAUUCGCCGAAUGCCCCAACGGAUUUGCUGAAAUCCCCAAGUAUUUGAUAUCUGUAUCCGAUAUCCUGUGCUGUUUGAAUUUGGUAUUUGAUAGCUGGUGUGCAGUUGUACUUAGUAGUUGAUGGUGUUUGAUGUCCUGCCCGCUGAUGCAGUGUCUUAUUUGAGAACAUAAAGAGGAACCCUGCUGGAUUGGAGCAGAGAUCUGCUUAGAUCGGAGUGGCCAGUUGGAUACUGGCUAUCUCUGUAAACCAGCAAGAAGGACCACAACGUCUAAAAUGUCCAAAUGUUUAAGUAAAAUUUCACAAGGCUAAUUGGAACUCGCUUUUGAAAUCUCACUGGCAAAACUGAAACAUUUGACAUCUCAGAUAUUUGCAAAUAUUCAUUUCAGCUCGGGUAAGUGUGUUUGAAAUUGCCUCUUAUCUUGAUGUUAGCUAUUUUUUAAAAAAUUAGCUUCGCAAGAUGUCAGCAGACUAGUUUAAAGCCAGUCUGGUGAUGACCUUUAAGGUUAGCUUCUGGAUGUGAAAGGGCGGGCCUCUUGCAUUCACUAACCACUGCAACGCUGUUGAGACAGUGGCUUAAACAAGAGCAAUUCAGUUGCAGGUAGAUACAUCAUCCCUUUGGCAGAGCGUAUCAACCCAGAAGACUGGAAGGCAGGGAGCUACUACAGCAGUGGGCUAGUGGGGAGUCAUGAAACAGCAACUACGCUAAGAGCUGUAGUAUUCCCCCACUUCCCUCGCAUCCAUGAUAUAUUGUAUUAAUUGCGCAGAGAAUUCUAGUAACUCUGCUAUAGCAACUUCAUGCCUCCCCACUGAAUGGCAUGUAGUAACUGCACAGAAAGCUGUAGUAACUCCCUAACAUGCCUCUUUGCUAGGGUUGCCAGCUUCCAGGUGGUGACAGGAGAUCUGGAAUAACAACUGAUCUCCAGAAUUGUUCCCGUGGCUGCUUUGGAGGGUGAACUCUAUGGCAUUAUACUGAGGUCACUCCCCUCCCAAAACCACACACUCUCCAGGCUCCAGCCAGAAAAUCUCCAGGUAUUUCCCAACCUGGAGCUGGCAACCCUAACAGAUGUGCCCUCUUCCUAAGUGGGAAGACCCUCCAAGUCACUUAAUUUGAUGAAUUACAGCGAAAUUUUGCCACUGUUAGUCGAUACAGGCAAGCGGUCAAGAGUUCAGUUGUUUGGGCUUGCUUACUGGUGCGAGUCACGAUGGGGCACAGGGAAGAGGACUGAGGAGUACCCGCAAGCAGGGCUUUUUUUCUGGGAAAAGAGGUGGUGGAAC